AUGCAUGCGGCUUUAAAUGAUAUGCAACAACAGCGCAACAGACUCGUGACAAGCAAGGCCAGUCCAGAGGCGACACCACCUCCCACACACGCUGCUAGCAGCGGACAAUCCGCCAAUGCUACCCCAUCUGCUAACACAGCAGCACACGCGGCAGCUCCACCGCCAGCAGCCCCUAUCAAUGGAGUGAAUGCCAAGGCUGUGAAUGCUGCAUCUGCCAACACUGGUAAUAAUGGAGCUAAGCCCAGCAACCGCAGCCGAAUUAUGCUACCACUUCCGCCUCCUGGGACUGGAAUUCGACACAAUGUGCAAGCAGCAUCAGAUGUAUCGACGCCCUCAACAGGGAAACCCAGAGGAGCUGCAGCGGGGCUACCCUUACCGCCUCCUGGGACAGGGAUACGCCACAAUAUACAGGCUGUAGCUGAUGCGUCAACACCUCCACCUGGCCAGCUCAGAGGCGCCGCUGCCUAUGCGGCCAAGCUUGCUGCUCAAUCUAAAGCUGCUGCUGCUGCCACCCCCAACAACAGAAUAGAUCGAAAACAACAACAUGUCAGAGAGAAGAAGAAACGCCCAGCCACCAGAAUGGAAGAAGAUGGAGAUGAUCAAGCAGAGGAUGAUUCAGAUUCGGAAUCAGGUUCUGAUGACGAUGGCUCUGUCAGUUCCGGUAGUAGCUUUGAUUCUGAUGCCACCUCCGAUUUAGAUGAUUCCGAUUCAUCAGUCAGCUCCACCGAAAGUGGACCCCAGCACGAGCAAAUGGAUGCCGAGAACGAGACCGUAAGCCCAGAUCUGGAGUAUGCAGUUAUUGCACAUCGGAAAAAGGGGUUAUUAUUAUCAAGAUUAUCAGAAGUUUCUGUAAGAGGGACUUUAUCGGUGAUUGAUAUGGCAAGGCGGGGCCUUGGGGUAAACGAUGUAGCCCUCAUUGAACAGGUGAUAUUGGGAAACCCAAGGCUAUCUGUGCUCAAACUGGGGUACAACGAUCUUGGCGAUGUCGGGGCGCACUGUAUUGCAAACGCGCUAUGCAUCGAAGCAGACGGAAAGCUGGAUCAUAGAGCAUUAGCUGUGUUGGAUCUGUGCUUCAAUGGAAUCGGAGACGAUGGCUGUGGUGGAUUAGCUAUGAAGGCCAUCGCAGGUAACUAUCAUUUACGAACGCUGUUCUUGACGGGGAACAAUAUUGGGGAAAAGGGCGCGUUGUCCAUUGCAGGGGCAUUGGUGCAUGGUUGCUAUUUGUCGCGUUUGCAUUUGACGGCGAACAAGAUAGGACCAGAGGGCACGAAAGCCCUUGCAACUGCAGUGGCGGAGGUUGACGCAAGAUUACAAAUGCAAGAAGCCGCUGGAGUGGCCGUACAGAGUCCCUUCUUGCAUCGAAUGGAACACCUCUUUUUGGGAUCUACACGUAUGGAAGCAACUGGGUUCUACACAAUACCGAGCAUGCUUCUAUCCAACGUAUCUCUCAAAGUACUGUGCCUGACAGACAACAACCUCCAGGACAGUGACAUCUCGAUUCUUGCUCAGGCAUUGACACAAAACAAAAAUGUUCCAUUGGAGUCUUUGAUGCUUUCUCACAACCAAAUUACUUGCGCCGGGGUUGAAUCACUGAUGAAUUCAAUUUGGGGAUCACCAACGUUGCGAGAAAUGAAGUUGGACAACAACAAAAUGCAGGACCGUGGAGCCCAACUAUGCGCGGUGGUCCUUGGUUCUGUAUCGUUGGAAAAGCUGGAUAUAAGCUUCAACAGUGUCACUACCGUAGGAGUGCGAGCUCUGAUGAAGAGUCUCUCGGAAGAUACGAACAUGCGUUCCCUCGGUAUAUGCGGGAUUCCAAUCGACCUGAACGCAGCCAAGGCGGUUUCGUUUGCAUUGGCGUAUAACACCGGAUUGGAAAUUGUAUACAUGGACAAUUGUCAGGUCGGAUACUCUGCCCAACGUCAUAUCACUGCGGGAAUUGUGUCCAAUCAAAAGGCCCCUUUACAACAAUUGACAGGGUUUCCUAUGGGUCCUAUCACUGCAACUCUCGGGAUGCCUCAAGUCCCUGAGGACUGGAACAAUGAAAAGGUGCUGGGCUUUGUACGGUUAAUGUGGCGAAACUGGGGUAAGAAAAGAGGACCUGCCGAUCAAGGCGAGGCGGAAGAAGCCAAGGGCCCUGCCCCGCCUGCGGCUGUUGCAGCAGCAGCCAAAAUAGCUCUGGCUUCUCUGGGAAGUGACCCGAGUGCAGAGUUGUAUGUCGAACCACGAAAAAUCGAAACUUACAAUGACGUCGAGAACAGCGAUGUGUCUCCUCUCGUGCCUUCAAAUGCAGCUCUUAUCGAAAGAACCUUUUCUGGGCGGUGCCUCGUCGCUUCGGUAAGCGACACAGAAGGAGGGGAUCAGAAUGGAUUCCUGGAGGCAUGGUCAGAAUCAUCUGCUUUUGGACGACCGGCGAACGUCAGCUACGCUGUUACAGGAGCUUCCUACCAUGACGCUCCACUGGAUAACCCAGAACAGAGAAAUCGCAACCUUCGGUGGCUUCGCACUCAUUUCAGGCCUCUGAUCGACGUUGGGAAACUACCUUUCAACAAUGCUGACAUGUGGCAGUUGCAUCAGUACUACUUCUCCCCACCCUACUACGGAGAUGACGACAACGAUUCGAAAACCCCAGCCGUUGACCAUGACGAGAAGAAAGUUCAUUCUUCUGGAGUCAGAACUCCGCCUGUUGUAGCCCGCAAGAGGUCCACCAAAGAUAGAGCUGCUGCACCCCCAACUACUCCGGUUUCUUCAAGUUCCCAGCAGCAACCGAACAUGGGCAAAGCAAUCUCUUUCCAAGCUCUUAGCAGUGCUGUGGCUGCCGCAGAUUUGACCAACGGUAGCCACAAGCGCAGGGGUGUGGAUGGAAUGGAAGAAGAAACGAAGACUUCCAAGGAGACUGAGCACUCUGCAAAGCGAACGAAAAGCAUGAAGCCUCGAAUUGCCUAUUACCCCAGAAUCAGAGCCAAAUUGGAAUCCCUUGGAACAAAACCACUGGAGCAGACAUUAUCAUUGCUUAGAAAGCUCAAGUAUGUGGAGAACGUGAUAUUUCCCGAUCACGCCGAAUACGAGGACUUGGACCGGCUCCGUGAAUCAGAGCAUGCAACCCGCCUGGAUGUUGAAAUGAUUCUGUUAGACCUGAUCUGA